AGCCAUUUGCCAACCGCGGGCCGCGAAGCGGCGGGGGCCGCGCGGAGGGCCCGCCCGGAAGGCCUCCUGGGCCGUGCGGCCGCCAAAGGCAGCGGCGCCCAGGAGAGAGGCGAUGGCCGAGGGGCGGCUCGCCCUGAGCGCGGCGGUCCCGCCCUGCGCCGGUGCGCCUCCUGCGCCUGUGGCGUCCGCGAGCGAGGGGCCCAUCGGCGACUUCUGCGGCAGCCUGCGGCUGCAGGUGCAGGUGCUGCGGCGGUGCCUGGAGGCCCAGCAGGUGCCCCUCGCGGCCUCCGAGCCCGCCACCGCCGCGCUCCUGGAGGCCAUCGGUGCCGCGGGGCGCGACCUCCGCGCGGCGGCGGCGGCCUCGCGCGAGCGCCGCGCCUCUGGGCAGGGCCAGGAGUCGGGGGCCUUCUUGCGGCAGCGGUCCGCGGACUCGGUGCCGCCGCCGGACGGCUUGCCUGCUCGCGCGCCCCGCUGCACGUCCUCGCCGGUGCUCCUGAAGAGUGGUGGCGCGGGGGACGGCGGCGGCAGGGUGCUGCCGAGGGCCCACUCCGACCUGCUGGAGGACCAGCACGCGGAGCUGAUGGAGCGGCUGGGCCAGGCCGGGGCGGCCGAGCCGAGCGGGCCGCGCUGCCGGGGCAGGACUCAUGAUGCUGUGGGCAGGGGUACCAGCAGCGGCAGCCUGCCGGGGCCCCCCCGCGUCGGUGACGAGCCGUUCUACUCCGAGGACAGGCAGCGCAAGCUCGCUGCUGAGAUCGAGCACCUGAAGGUCCGCGAUUCGCUCGGCAGCGGCAGCGCGAGAAUGAGCAGCCUGCAGGCGUGCCGGCAGGACUCCACCCCGAGGGGGGUGCUCCGGCGCAUCGUCGGGUCCAGCGCCUUCGAGCUCUUCUUCUGCAUGGUCAUCGUGGCCAACGCGGCCUGGAUCGGCCUCGAGGUUAACUACCAGGCGGGCGUGCAAGAGGGGCAGCGCUGCCGCAGGUGCCAGAGUCAGGCCUUCCUGGCCGUCGGCCACGCGUUCACCGCCCUCUUCGCUGUGGAGCUGUCGAUCCGCCUGGGCGCGGAGGGUCUGCGCUUCUUCCACGGAAGGAGCAGCAACGCAUUCUGGAACUACUUCGACACCGCCAUCGUGGCGAUCAGCCUCUUCGAGGUCUUUCUGGAGGUCGCGUCACUCCUCGACGGCGGCGGUACCGACUGGGCCAACCUCCGCGUCCUGCGCAUCAUGCGCAUCACCCGUCUGCUCAGGGUGAUCAGGGUGACGCGGAUCUUCCGUUACGUGAGGGCCUUGCGCACGCUCGUCUACUCCAUCGCUUGCACGCUGAAGAGCUUGUUCUGGGCGAGCGUCUUGCUGAUGCUGAUCAUGUACGUGUUCGGCAUCCUGUUCACGUCGGCAGCCUCCGCCAGUGCCAGCAGCCUGGAGGAACGCGGCCUGCUCGAACAGGACGUGCUGGUCCUGGAGAGAUACUGGAGCUCGGUGGGCACCUCGAUGUUCACUCUGUUCAAGGCCAUGACCAGCGGGGUCGCCUGGGACGAGGUCGUGCGCCCUCUCGGGCAGAUACACUGGUUCUGGCCGAUGCUCUUCACUGCGUUCAUCGCGUUCAGCGUGUUCGCCGUCUUGAAUGGGUGCACGGUGGCGGAUGACCGGGGUCUUCUGCCAGAGCGCGAUCGAGAGCGCCGCGCACGACCACGAGCUGCUCGUCCAGUCCCAGAUUCUGGACAAGGCCCACUACGUCAGCCGCGCCAAGUCGCUGUUCCAGGAGAUCGACAAGGGCGAGUCUGGCAUCAUCACCAUCGCGGAGUUGGAGCAGCGGCUGCAGGACUCGGAGGUCCGCGACUGGCUGCAGUCGCUCGAGAUCGACGCCGACGACGCCUGGACGCUGUUUAAGUUGAUCGACACCGACCAGUCGAACAUCAUCGACAUCGAGGAGUUCGUGAUGGGCUGCCUGCGCCUGAAGGGCACCGCGCGCAGCAUCGACAUGCAGCGCCUCCUGUACGAGCAGCGGGGCCUCAUCACGAGCGCGUGCUCCUCUUCAUGUCGGAGGUCGCUGGCGCCACCAGCGCAGAGGACCCGCGGGCCUUGCGCAUGAGCUCCGACGUGAGACCCACGUGGAGCUGAGGGUAGGAGGAGG